UCUGUGGUAAUGUCUUACUGUAGCAGACGGUCCUGAGCAACGCCGAAUCGGUAUUUCAGUUUGGACAUGCCUGAUUUAGUUUUUGGCUCAGUUCAGCGCUGUCUUUUGCCGACCUGCAGUGACUUCGGCCAUCUAGUCACGCCCUUAACACCAUAUUUGGUUGCAUCUUCCUGUAAGUGGCACCAAAUGUGGUUUGAACUUCCGAUGACAACUCAGCGCCCCAUGAUGGCGUGCAUGUCUCGCUUGUGGAAACGGACCUCCUUGCUCGCCGCGCGGCUCGGAAAGCGAGUUUUGUCGUGCAGGCUGGCGGGCAUUCCAUUCCAGCACUACAGCACCAAGGCGGUUCCUCAGAUACCAGGGAUGGAGUACCAGGAUGCCAUUUGCACUCUUAACACGCUUCAGACAAACGCCAGCGCUCUGGAGCAGGUAUGGCGGGAGCGGAGCCACCCUGAACUGCAGCUCCAGGCCAUGCGAGGUUUCCUGGAACGGGCCGGUCUCACAGUGAAAGAACUAGACCACCUAAACAUCAUUCAUGUGACUGGAACAAAGGGCAAGGGCUCAACAUGUGCUUUCACCGAGCAGAUUUUAAGAACUUAUGGCUUCCGGACAGGAUUUUACAGUUCCCCACACUUGGUACAAGUAAGGGAGAGGAUUCGAAUCAACGGACAACCUAUCGGGAAAGAGCUCUUUACUAAAUACUUCUGGCAGGUGUACGGCCGUCUAGAUGAAACAAAGGAAGCCCAUGAUGGGACAAUGCCUGCAUACUUCCGUUUUCUCACCAUCUUGGCCUUCCAUAUCUUCCUGCAGGAGAAGGUGGAUUUGGCUGUGAUUGAAGUUGGGAUUGGCGGAGCGUAUGACUGCACCAACAUUAUAAGGAGACCUUGGGUAUGCGGUAUCUCCUCUCUGGGGAUAGACCACACUCAGAUUCUUGGAGACACCUUAGAAAAGAUUGCCUGGCAAAAAGGUGGCAUCUUCAAGCCAGGAGUCCCUGCUUUCACAGUCAAACAGCCAGAAGAGGCAAUGGCUGUGCUGAGGGACCGGGCCAAACAAAUCAGCUGUCCUCUGUGGGUGUGUCCAGACUUUGAGGACUACCAGGCAAACUGUGGACCUCUGAGUCUAGGCUUGGCAGGGCAACACCAGCGCUCCAAUGCCUCUCUCGCCCUGCAGCUGAGUCACACAUGGUUGCAAAGAAGAUGUCUACCAAAUGGAAAGUUUUUGUCCACCAAUAUUGAGAUGUCCAAUAUCUCCGAAGCGCUUUCCUUUAUACCCUCACCCAACAUGAAGAAAGGGUUGGCCGACACUGAAUGGCCUGGGAGGAAUCAAACAAUGAAACAUGGACAAGUCACAUAUUUUUUGGACGGCGCUCACACCAUGCGCAGUAUGCAGGCCUGUGUGAACUGGUUCCAAGAGACAGCAGCUCAGCAUGAAAGAAAUGCAAGUGGACCCGUAACCAGAAUCUUGCUCUUCAAUGCUACAGGAGAGAGAGACUGUGCGGCCAUGCUGAAACUUCUGGUGCCAUGCCAUUUUGAUUUUGCUGUCUUCUGCCCAAACAUCCCUGAGACCAUCACUUCCUGUAAUGCAGACCAACAGAACUUCAAUGUGUCCGUGGAGCACAUGUUGACCCGCUGCUUGGACAACGAGAGGAGCUGGCGCUUGCACAACAGCGCAGGGGACACCGGGGGCACCCCGCUUCUGAUUGAGAACAGCUUGUCUUUGGCCCCUGACAAGAACGCAGACACUCUUGUGUUCCCGUGCAUCCUUAGCGCCCUUCACUGGAUCACACAGGGGAGGGACCCUGUGCUGGCUCACGCGUCUAAGAAAGUGCUCCCAUUGAAGCCCAGCAUGAUGGCCAAAGCUGCUCCGCUCUGCAAUGCAGCCGAGAUCCACAUCCUGAUCACUGGCAGCCUGCACCUGGUAGGAGGGGCACUAAAACAUCUUGCCCCUGAAUUUGGAAAUGGACCUUGAAUUCCAAUUCCCAUGUCAAAAUUAUGUUUGUCAAAUAUGUAUGGGCACUAGUAUUCUGGAUGGUGGUGCUAGUACGAGUAGUACAGUAUCGGAGAGAAAAAAUUGCAUCAUGAAGAAGCAAAAAAAAAAACAUACACGGCACCUUACACUGGACUAUAAGUCCCAUUUGUUUAGAAAUUUAGAAGACCAAGAACUGACAUUUACAGGUACCUUGGUUAUACCUCGCUUAGCAUCAUUCUGUUACGGAAGGUGCGACUCUCACCAAAAUUUGCUCUAACCAAAUCAAUUUUUCCCACAAGAAACCAUGUAAAGCCAAUUAAUACGCUCCAGAAAGUUAAAAGUACUAACACAAUUCAUGUUUUUAUAGUUUUACGGUUAUAUUUUUACAUGCAAAAAAAACAAUUCUAAAUUUGUAUGAAUUCAUAUUGAUGAAUAAAAGGAUAAAUUAACAUUUCUGUUGACAAACAUGAGAUGUGGCAGCGAGGUCAACAUGAACCCCGCCUUGGUGUUUUAUUUGAGUUAUUUUUUUUAAUUCAAUGUGUUCUCACCUCAAGUAUCUGCUUUUCUUUUGGCCAGGCUGCAAAAUAACCAAAGAAAGUUGCAAGUGCCAGCAUUUUGAUAAAAAGUGAUAAACAAUAUUGAAUUCCAGAAAUAACGCAUAGAAAACACAAAGAUUGUGUAGUGUCUUCAAUGAAAGUAAAAGUAACCUUAAAUGUUCAUUUAUCCCUUUUCAUCAUUCAUAUGCAUUUAGAAUUGUUUACUGUAUGUAAAACUAUAAUUGUAAAACUAUAAAAACAUGUUUUGUGUCAACAUUUGAGUCAACUGCUGAUGACAUAGACGGGCUGACAUCAGUUUCCUGUUGCUGUUUUGUUUAGCAUGCUGUGAGCUAGCAAGCAAGGAAAGACAUUUUGUGAUUUAAAAAACAAAAACAGUUGGACUCAUGUAGUGUAUUAACAAUACAAGGCACGCUCCAUAUUGUAUGCUAACCAGAGAAUGCACACAAACUGAGGCAAAAUUGUGGCGCAAAUUUUUGGCGGUAACCGAAAAACACGCUAACAGAGGGUCCAUUGUAUUUUGAUAUAUAAGUCGCACGACUAGCCAAACUAUGAAAAAAGUGUGAAUUAUAGUCCAGAAAAUAUGGUACACACCUUUCACAUUUCAGCCACCAUUUUACUAGAUCUUAAAGAACAAUAGUACAGAAAUGAAGGUGGGAUAUACCUUAGAGUAGUCUGUGUACAGCUUGUAAAGCAGUAUGGAUUUACUGCAGCAAUGACAGACAUUAUUGUCUAAAUGUCUAGCAACACAAGUGAGUCCACGGUGAACCUGUCCAGAGUUUCAAUUGCUGUGUCUCAAUUGGUGCACUUGCUUCUGAAGAGUACAGCCUUUUUUCCCCAAAUUACUGCUAGUUUUGCAAUUUUUGCUGUUUUUAGUUUUCUUGUUUUUCUUGUUGUAACUGCACGUUGAACACGUCUGCGCUAACAGGCUAGAGAAUGCGUUCCUCCGUCAACAUAAUCCACACUGUUUGACUGUAAUUCCACUGGUGAGAAGCCAUCAUAUAUUAACUUGUGUUCAUGUCACUGCAGAAACAUGGAAGCUAGUGGUAACGUCAUCAACCAUCAUACAUACUCUAUAUACUUGACUUUUUUUUUGACAUUCUGUUGCCGUACUUCCCAUUAGCAUGUUUUUGAUUACUGUUGAAAAUUUACGCCAAAAUUUUGCAUCUGUGUACAUUUUCUGAAUAGCGUACGAUAUGGCGUGUGCCUUGCGUUCAUACAUUCCGUGAAUGCAAGUGUUCAUGUAUUUUUAAUCACAACACAUCCUUGUUAGCAGCAUAUUAGCUUGCAAAUACAUACUGUAAUCACUUAUGUUGAUGGAACAGGAACCGAAAGUCAGCUCCAUUGACAAUUACACCACGAUUCUCAAAAAUAACACUAAACAUGUUUUGAUAAUUUUACAAUAUAGUUUCACACACAUAAAACAAUUGUGAAUGCAUAUAAAUGACAGUUGAAUUGGAUAAACUUUUAAGGUUACUUUUACCGUCACUGAAGACGUGAUUGUUGCCAGACUCCAUAUGACAGCGAGAUCAACACGAACACCAAGCUUAUGUGUAUGUUUGUUCUUAUUGUGGUUAAUAAAAAGAAAUACACCAACAGAGAAGCCGGCGAGCACCAGCGAAGAAGCAGCGGCUAAAAUUGGCUUCACUUCAUAAAUAAGGGCGGUCGGCUCAGUGCAACAUUUGCAACACAAUGACAUCAUGCGAAUGAGGGUGCACGAUCAACAUGAGUAAUGUUCACACAUUCAUAGUGUAGAAAUAACCUCGUCUUUGAUACGCAUGGGGGACUUCCUCUAAGUCACGUGUCAAUGCAGGGCCGAAACACUGCAGGUUUUGUCGCCAACCAGUUUCUCCAGCAGGUGAUUUAAUUGAUAAGCUCCCUCCCUAAAAUUGAAAUCACCUGCUUUAGUGACCGGCUGGAAAGAAAACCUGCAGUCUCGGCCCUCCAUGGCACAAGUUUGACACCCCUGCUCUAAGUGAUCAGAAUCAGGGAAGCCAACAAUAAAUGAAGUCUGUCUCAUGCCAGUGUAACCCAGGGUUUGAGGAUGCUAGCUGAUGUGGAACUUCAGUGUAAAUAAAGGACGGGAGCUAUGGCUAGGCAACUUUAUCAUUUACACAGCCCGUUUCUGUUAGCAACAGUCAAGGGACCUUGACUGAGACUAGUGAGAAUCACUAUUGAAUUCAAGAAAUAACUCAUGUUAAAACAUGAAGGUGGUGUCUGUGUUGAUCUCGCGUUGUCAAGAAUCACAUCUUCAAUAAAGGUAAACGUCAUCUUAAAUGUUAAUUUAUCCCUUUCAUUUAUGUAUUGAUACGCAUUUUGAAUGGUUUUCUGCAUGUAACACUAAUUCUAAAAAUAUAAAAACAUGUUUUGUGUAAACAUUUUUGGCUUUCUGGAACAUUGGAUUUACAUUUUUUCUUAAAUUGAUUUGGUUAGAAUAUGUUUCGGUAGGAGUCGGACCCUUUGGAACCAAUUGACGCUGGUCAAGGCUCCACUGUAUUUAGAAGUUAUUACCAACUCGAAUGGGAUGGGUUUUCUGCCCCCCCAAAAAUUGGCCUGUUUUUAGGAGGAAAAAUGCACAAUGAAUGGGUUUUUCCCACAAAUAAUAAAACCAAACAUGUUUUUGAUAAUUGAAUUUGCAGGAGUGGGCUGAACUGCAAAUAUGCGGGGGGGAUCCACUAACCUCUAAACCAGUGAGUCUCAAGUGUUUGGUCGGGCCCUAAAAGUUGUCACGGGUCCAUGCCUGGACAAAAAAAAAUAUAUGGAAUGACUGUAUGUCCGUGAAUGCACCUUGCAUCCUUGUCUAUGCUAUUCGCUGACUAUGCUGUCACGGGGUGCAUGCUAUGUUUCUGGGCGACUUGAUCAAGCUUGUGCGGGAGGGGAAGGACAUCCAGUGGGGACUUAAUGUGUUGUUCCUCCAACACACAGCUGCACAUAUCUGCUGGAGAAGAGUGCGCCAUUCAGAGAACAGCGUCUGACCGCUGCAGCUCACAUUGUGUUCCAAACAGUCCCUACAAUUUACAAUUUAGUACAAUUUGGGUCGCCGCUUGUCAUUAUUGGUGGGUCCCGCAGCCAAACCGGUUGAGAACCACGACUCUAAACUGUGCUGUUUGGAGUCAGGCAGCUUCAGACUGCGCCUCACACAAAGCCUUACAUAUGAUGCUGUCGUGCCAUGUUUGAAAUCUCACUUGAAGUCAAACGUGUUUACAUCAUGGGAACAUUCAUCUUGAAAUGAAAAUGUUGAAUUGUUUGUACUUCACCGAUUCCAAAAGGUGUGUGUGUGUGUGUGUGUGUGUGUGUGUGUGUGUGUGUGUACUGUAUAUAUGACACGUUCUCCAAACCUUUUGACAUGGGGUUCCAAAUUUAAAGUUUAGGCAUGCUCAAAAAGUGCUUUUUUUUUUUUUUUUUUUGCAGGAUUCAAUUUCCACCACAUUAUAGAAAAAACAGCAGAUAAUUUUCAAUGUUAAAUUAAUGAAAAACAGUGGCAGAACCCUCCCCUUCGCUCUUCAAUUACCAUUGUUCAGGUGUAACACAGUCCAGUCCCAACUAUGCCUCACACACUUUGUAAACUAAAGUAUAAAAUGUAUAGGUAUUUAUCACAAAUGAAUGUUAAUGUAAGAUGACCCAUGAGCACGUGGCACACAACUAUGGGGCCUUGAAGGACCGCAGGACAAAGUGGGAAAUCUCAGUGCUUUAGGGAAAAAAAUCAGUGAAGCAUAAAGACAAUUGUGGGAUUUUUUUUUUUUUUUUAACAGUGGUGCAUGUAUGAUGUACAUUCUACUUAUCACAUACAGUAUUUUUCAAUUAAUGGUGAAUAAGAUGUGUUUUCUACAGAAAAUAUGUCCUAUUCUUCGAGGGAAAAAAAAGGGGUGGUGUUUUUGGGACCAAAAAUCUAUGAAUUUGCAGGGCUGUGAAUGAAUUGUGAGUAUGCUGGGAUCCACUGUAUACGGUACAUACAUGCAGUAUAUACACGUGUGUCAAUUAUUUCCCCGAAACAAACGUAUUUAAUUUUAUUUACAAUCUGGUACAGUUGUACUUUGCCACUUAACGCUUUGAGGCUUCACGCAAUCACUGUUUUUCAAAAAUAUAUUUAUUAAUAAAUCAUGCUGUUUUGUGGUUGAAUGCGGCCUAUUUGUCAAAAAAGAUGCACAUAUAAGAAAUAUUUAUGUAUGUUUGCCUAAAUUAAGCAUUUUCAAACAUAAAAUGUCUAAAUGAAGUAAAGACAAACACGUACAAGGCAUUCAGAAGACUCAUUCAAAGACAUUGUGAGGAUCUGUAGUAUUCUACACUGGUCACUGUAAUGUUUGUCACACAAGCACCAGACUUCAUUGCCGGAACAACAGGCUUUUAUUGCAGGUUUGAAUGAUCUCACAACAAGGACAAUAAACCCGAACACUAUUGUUGCGACCGUAAUCCACACCAAGCAAAAACUCAAGUCUGAUCCCCCUCUGAACGUCACUUCCUGUCUUCCCCUCCCACUCAGCUCCCCUGCACCGGAACACAUUUACAGCAACAUACAAGAACACUUAUGUCUUAAAUGACUUAUUUUCUCUUGCGUCUACUAAAAUGGGUAAUAUGAAUGUAAACAUGACUAUAGGAGUGUUAUUUAAUGCCUAGAGGGCUCUAAUAUUAAAAAACAUAUUUAGAAGGUCGUAAACAGGUUUUCUAUGUUUUGAACUAUGCAAAUAUUCCAUUUCCUACUUCGCGGAAAUUCACUUCUGACGGUUGGGUCUGAAACCAAUUAACCGCGAUAAAGAUUUAUUGUAUUGGAAGAUCUGCAAGGGCUGCUUUGACUUGAUUUUUUUUUUUUUUCAUGCUUAUUUGAAAACAUGACUACCUUUUGGUGAUUUUUAAAGCUAAGAGUUAUUUCAUUGUUUUGAUUUGUCCAUAACUGGGCUUGAUUUCAACAUGUAAGCACAAAAUAAAUAAAUCCUUGCAAGUAUGUAACUGAUGGUCUAGUGGUUAACCGGCCUGACGUGCAGGCAGUGUGGGUUGGAUCCUUGUGAAUGCUUGUUUAUACGCGUCCUGUGAUUGACUGCUGACAAGUCCAGGGUUUCGUCCACCAUUUACCUGAAGCCAACUGGGAUGGCCCCCAGCUCCUUGCUACCCUGAACAGGAUAAGUGGAUAAAUGAAUGGGCUUGCAAAAAUUAGGUGAAAUUCAAAAGUUUUAUUGUCUAUUUUGUAUUUGGAUAUUUCAAUAGCGGUAACACUUUCUAUGUUGAAGCACUGACGGUCUAGUGGUGGACAUGCCUGACUUGGUGCAGGCAGGAUGGCUUCAGUUCUCACUCAUUCUGUUUUGUGAUUGACUGGGUCAGCCUUUCUUUAUUUGAACGUAAGAUGAAAUAUCCACCCUGUCAGAAUGUAAUACAUAAAAUUGUUACAUGUAUUUCACAGUAAAAAACAAAAUAAAAUCAUCACUGCAGUA